GUAGGUGUUGCAGAAUUAAUGUUCUCAGUUCGUGGAACUGACACCAACAGCUUCAUUGCAGGAAAAAGUGUACACAAUCAACGGAUCGAGCGCCUCUGGCGUGAUGUCUUCAUGAGUGUUACUGGUUUAUAUUACAACAUCCUGCACUCUCUGGAAGACCAAGACUUGCUCGACAUCAGUAACAUCCUUCACCUGUUUUGUUGCCACUAUAUUUUCUUGUCUCGCAUCCAGGCCAGCCUGGAUGUCUUUAGAGAUGCGUGGGACAACCAUCCAAUCAGGACAGAGGAAAACAUGACACCAAAUCAGCUGUGGCAUCUGGGCCAGGCUCUGAAUCCUGUUUCUGAUCCAGGGGCAAAUAGUAUACCGACACCAGAGAUUGAAUGGGAGGAGAAUGGAUACAUGACUGAACCUCAUCCUGGGAUCAAUGUCCCUGUACUGGACAGUCCUCUUUCAGAUCAUGAAAUGUUGGAACUGCAGGACAGCAUUAAUCCGAUGCAACAUUCAGACUCUUUUGGAGUGGACAUAUAUCUUCACACUGUCCAGUAUGUUGAGAACUUACCUUCUCUGCAGACAAUGUUUAAUAUGAGCUUCAAGAGGUCUCUGCCCCUAACGGGGUUUGCUUUCACAUAG